AUGAUAAUUCCAAUUUCGAUUGCUUCUACUUUCUUAAUAAUAAUACUUUAAGCAGUUAAAAUUAAAGCUGUAGGAUGUCCAUUUAGAUUAGAUGGAUGCACAAAUUAAGACUUAAGGGUAAAACAGAUUUUAUUACUAAAAUCUAAUCCUUAAAGUGAUUUCUAAGAUAUCGCAGCUGUAGUUUACGAUCCUUUCACUGUUGGUAUUUUUAACUUUGAGAUUAAUAAAUAACUCAAAGUUAUUGAGCAGUAGGAAAAUGUUGCCUUCUACUAAAUUGAUAAAGAUGACAGGCCUCAACUAUAAGCAUCACUUAUUCAUACUUUAGAUGCGAAUGGUAGAGUAAUAACAUGGAAUUCAGGUAAUGGAUUCAAAUAAAAUGUUGUACAAAUACCAAAUAUAAUUACAUUAUAACCUAACUCAUGCCUCAAUUCUGAAGAAAUGUUAGUAUUGACCUGGGAUGACACAAAGAUUUAUAUUAUUGAUUUCUCUUAAGAUUAUAACAUUCAGUUCGAUAGUUUAAAUAUUGAUACUGCUAAUAUAUUUUCAAAUUGCUUUAAUGAUAAGAUAAAUAGAAGAUUUUUAAUAAUGAACCAACAAGGCACCUAAAAUCAAAUAUCUAUUUCUUAUAAGUCAAGCUAAGGUUAAAAUUUGGUUACAUCAUAUAAAAAUAAUACUAUUCAGUUUAUGGCUUCGUUUUCAUAAAUAUCAACAAAUGUUUUAGUAAGCAAGUAAGAAGAUAUUUUAAUCUUAAUAGGAAAUAACAACUUAUUUACAAUUUGGGAAAUAAAAUCACAAAAAAUAAUUUAUAAUCCAGAUUUUUAAAAAAUUUAUUGCGACUAGAGAGAUUCAAAUUAUACAAAAAUUCAAGGAGUUAUAAACUUUAAGUUUGGCUCAAUAAAUGAAAAAGAUGAAGUAGCAAUAGUUUCUGAUUCUUAUAUUUUUGUGUAUUCAUUAUUAGAAAAAAAACCAAUUCUUUUCAAAAGCUAAAAUUUAGGGUUAAAUUGGAUUUAAGCUUUUGUUGUUUAAAAUAGUGUAAUCCUUAGCCAAACUUACUCUGUUUCUAGCAUUGAUAUAAGGACAUCAAGAAUUAAUUAUUUAAUGAAUUACUUUUCAAAUGGAUAAUCUAACUAUGAUCAACCAAUUUAGCUAGAAGUAGAUAACGAAUUGAAUAGAGUAAUAUAUAGUGAUUUCGGAGGAAAUUUGUAAAUUUGGUCUUCAAUUAAUAAUCAAUAGUUGUAAUUUAUUAAGGAAUAUAGUGCACCAUUAUUUUUCAUUAUAGAUAAAUAACUUAACAAGAUGGUUUUAUACACUAAUUUUACAAUAAAUGCGAUGAUUUAAAUCUAUGAUUACCAAGAAGUAAAAUUAUUAGAUACUAUACCAUUUCCUAACAAAAACAGCUAAGUUAAAGAUACAUUUUAAUUGUAUUAAGACAAAACAAACGGAUAUCUAUUAGGCUUAGAUAAAGGAAGUACAAAUUAUGCCAUUUAUAGAUUUACGAAGGAAUCUAAUUUUCCUACUCUUUAUAAUUGUACUUUAAUUAAAAAUGGAAUUAUUACAAAUAAUAAUAUACUCUUCUUAGAAAUGUCUAAAUAGUUUUUAGUAGAAAUAACAAGAGUUUUGUAUAUGUUUAGAUAUUUUCCAGAAAAUGGAAAUACACUUACCAGUUAUAUCGUAGCAGGAUAAAAAAUUUAAUUUUCAUACUUUUAAUAUAUCAACCCAACUUAAACACUAAUAUGCGUUCAAGAUACAUCUAUAUAAGUUUUUCAGUAUAUUAGUGGUCAAUUUAAUUUAUAAAAUCAAAUAAAUUAUUAUUCAGGACAAAGUAAUUCAAUUUUCUUAGCAAAAGCAUAAAACACUUUGAUAAUUUAGAGAACAUCUUAACUUUAUUUCAAAAAUUUCUUAACAUAAAAUGAUUAAAUGAUAGAUUUUAAUAAUCUCUAGAUACUAAAUUAUUAAUAUGACAACUCUAAAGCUCUCUUCAUAUGCUUAGAUAGUAGCUUUAUAAUUACUGUAAUAGAUGUAUUUGCAGUAAAAUCUUUAUAUCAUAUAAAAAUAGAAGAUAAUAAAUUAACCGCUUUCAAUAUACAACAAGAUAUUAAUUUAGUAAUAAUUAGUUAUUUAAAUGGUCAAAUCUUAAUUUAUGAUUAUUAAGCUAAUGCUAUUGUUUCGACUUACAAUAAUUAUUAAUCUUGUUUAAUCUUUAAGUUUGAUAAAUCAAACAAUAAUUUAUUACUUUAAUCUUAGCUAUAAAUUUCUUCAAAAAGAUUGACAAAUCUUGUUCUAAUUAGUUAGAUAAAUUAUUCACUGACAAAUUAUUGGAUAGAUGAAAUGACUGGAAUAACUUUUAUUUUAAGUGAUUAAAUUAUUAUUUAUAAUCCAUUAUCUUAAGAAUAUCUUCCACAAUUUUAGGUAGAUUUUGACCUCUCUUUAGCCUACAUUAUACAAUAUAUUCCGUAGUUAGAUUACCUUUUGCUAGGAUUUUAAGACAAUUAAGUAAAUUUAAUAUUUGUUUAUAAACUAAGCUCUUAAAAACUAUAAGCUACUUUGGAUCACAAUAUUAAAUAUUGCUACUAAGUCUUUUACUUUUUUUAUGACAGCUAUUCUAACAGACUUUUUUCUGGCUGCGAAUAUCCAGCAAGUGUAAUAGUUUGGGACCUAAAUAAUUUUUAAAUGAUUAAGCUGCUUGAUAGCAUACUUUAAUCAUCGUUUGUUUGCUCAAUUGUAUUUUAUCCUGAAAUAAAAACUAUUUUGAUGACUGGUUAUAAUUGGUGGGGUGUUACUGUAGAUUAUAAUACACUAAAAUAAAGAUGCUAAGUAAUGGGUAUAUAUGGAGAUUUUGAUUAUAGUCAUAAUUUGCAAAUCUUAUGGGAUCAAAAUGGAGAUUUUCGUAUUUUUGAUGUAAAUUGUCGCUAAAUAGCAUUUUAGCAUGCUCAUACUGGGUGGAUUCAGUAGCUCUUAAUAGAUGAAGCAAAUAUGUAUUUGACAACAAUAGGAUCAUAACGCUUUUUAACAUAUUCCCUUACAAGUGGUUUAUUAGAUUAUGAUAACAAUUUGGUUUUAGUAGUAGAUUACUAAGGCUUUAUGUAUAUAUUAUCUUAUCCUGAUUUAAAUAUUCUCAAAGCAAUUUAAGCAAUGUUCAGUUAAGUAGAUUUUAUUUCUUUGAGCAAACAAUUUAAUCUUAUAGUGUUAACUAGUUAUGAAGAUAACAGUUUUAUAUUUUAUAAUCUUUUUGAAUUAAUUUCUCCAAAUUAAAAUGAAUUGUAUUUUAGAUAUGAAGGCAUUUUAUCUACUUUAAUAACUGAUCAAGGAGUAAUAUUUCAUUAACUUGGAAAUAUAGUCUAAUUUUGGAAUUAUUCUACUUAAAUGCUUCUAUAUGGGUUUUUUGUAAACAGUUAAUUUGAAUCUAAUGAGGCAGAAAGUAGAUUUUUAUCUUUGAGUGGAUAUUAAAACUUAGCAGUUCUUUUUACAAGGGAUUAAACGAUUUUCUUCAAUAUAAAUACAUUAGAUAUAAUUAAUGUUCAGCAAUUAAAAUGUAUGAAUAGCAUUUAAAUCUAAAUAUUUUUAAUUUGUGCAUUAACUAACAAAUUUACUGUAUUUAGUCUAGAUAGCUUUUCUAUUUAUUAGUAGAUUUUACUAGAUCCAAACUAAAGUAUUAUCUAAUUGCAGUAAAUAUUUUAAACUGGUUCUUUCUUCGCAACAACAACAUAAGGAGAAAUCAUUUGUUUUUCACUUCAAUCAAAUUAGAUUUUGAGCAAAUUUUAAACCAAAAUACUAAAUCAAGCUAUCUCUAAUUAUUAAUUGAUCUAAUUAAAUGAAUUUUACAUUAUAUUAGCCUCUGGUUUUGAUGGAAGUUUUGGAUACAUUUAAAUUUCAAUAGAUUUAAAUACUAUCAAUAAACUUGAUUUUAAUCUUCCUGGUAAAAGUUCUCAUGCUCACAAAAUUAUAUAUUUUAACAAUAAUCUAUUCAUAAAAAGGAUUUCAGACUAUUAUUUGGGUUUAUAUAGCAUAAAUAAUCUGAACUAAAUUACUUAAAUUAAAAGUCCAUGUGUGGGUUAUACGUAUAAACUAGAUUUCUGUUAAGAGUAUGAUUUAAUCAUACAGAGCUGUGUAGGAAAUUAUCGAAUUAACUCAUUAUCCACUUUUUAAGAUAUAGUUUAUGGUAGGUUUACAACAAAACUUAAACUAACUUAAAAAUAUACAGAGACAUUAAAUUAAAUCAUUUUUGUGAAUAAAGAUUAUUUUAUAGAUGCGUAUUAUCAUUAAAUAUUCAUUUUUUAGAUAAAUUAUAAAUAAAGUCAUAUUAGUUUAAUUGGUAGUUACUAAGGAGAUUAUUCGUUAGGUUAAAUAGCAAGCUAUAAUAUAAUCAAAGAUUAAAAUAAUAUAUUUAUUUAACUGGUGCUAUAUUCUAUCAGCAAAAUAACUAAAGUUUAACUUCCAAUCUAAGGAGACAAUAGCUGCAAAGAAAUAUUAUCUUAUAACUAAAUAUCAGAGGUCUUGCUUUCAAUACAAGACGUGUAUUAGUAAAUUUCAAAUUAUUUUUAAAUUGAAGAUAUGAUAUUUACUUUGACUGUAGAUAAAUAAACUUAUUUAUAACCUUUAUCUCCUUUUACCUUUUCAUAAAUAUCUCAAUUAAAUAUAAUAUCUGAUCCUACCUACAAUAUUAAUUAGUCUAUUAUAGUCAGUUAAGAAUUAUUCAGCUCUUUCUAAGGAUAUGAUUAUAUAUCUUUAGAAAACUUUAACAUAUAAUAAUCAAAAUCAGUAUCAAAUAAUUAAAUUUUUAAAAUAAACAAUUUAAGUACCUUUGUCCUCAAGAACAUUUAAUUUACUAAUCAAAGCUUGUUCUAAUUUGAUAUAAGCUUAAUUGAUACCUUAAUUUUUUAAAAUUUGUAAUUUUAAAAUAUUUAAAUGAGUAGCCAAACAUUAGUAAAUUUAUUUAAAUUUUCUUCAAUAGAUACAAUAAUAAUUAAGGAAGUAGAAAUAUCUUAGUGUUCAUAUAAAUAGAUUACCCUUUUUAAUUUUUAAGAUGAUAUUAGCAAUCAAAAAACCUCAAUUAUAUUUUCUGAUUUGACAAUAAGUAGCUCACAGUUUCAUUAUGACAGUACACAAUAUGCUGCAACACCCUUAUAUAUAUCUAAUUAUUUUAAAGUUGAAAUAUAAAAUUUUGUCUUAAAUUAAAAUAUUGGAAAUGGGAUAUAUUUCAUACUAAGUAAUGUCAUUUAGAACAUGACCAUUAAUGGAACAAGUUUGCUUUAUAAUAGAGAUAUUUUAUUUUUAUCUUACAGUCAUAGCUCAUAAAAAACUUAAAACAAUAUAAUUAUUCUGCAAUAAAUAACUAAUGAUAAUGUUUAGUUAAAGAAUAUUAAUCUAUAAAAUAAUUUUUUUAAUAUUAGCCAAUUAAUAACUAUUAAUUCUAUAUUAGAUAUUAAAACUAGUAAUUUGACAUUAAAUUAAUGCUAAAUAUAACAAAAUAGUGCAUUUUAAAAUAAUUAAAUAUCCAUAUUUAGUCUAAGCUAGCUAUUAUACUUCAAUUCAUCAGAUUUAAGCUUUACUUAAAAUCAAGGAUUUUAAAGUUUACUAGUUCUUUAAGAUUCUUAAAAUAAAAAUUAAAUAAGCCAAAUCCUUUUAUAAAAUAAUAAAGCAAACAAUUUGCUAUUAGUUGUAUAAUCAAAUUUACUUUUCAUAGAUUCUUAAGUAUAAUAAAAUCUGUCUUAAGAAACAAACUAGCAAUAGUCAAUAAUAAGUAUCAUUUCUAAUUCAUCUGUAAUUAUGAACAAUAUAUCGUUUGAAGAGAAUAUUUCUAAUAAGGGAGGAUCUAUUUAUUUAUUAUAAAGCUAGUUGAUUAUAUGGAGUAGCUUGUUUAAGAAUGAUAAAAGUACAUAUGGAGGAUCUAUUUACUCUGAAAAUUCAAUAUUAAAUAUUUCUAGUUCUUAAUUUAAUAAUUGCACAUCUUCAUUUGGAGGUUGUAUAUAUGCUUUUCAAAGUGAUUUAAGCUUAGACAGCAUUAAUUCCAGUUAUGCAAAAGCUAGCUAAGAUGGAGGGUUUUUAUAUAUCAAUAAUUUAAAUAGGUUUACUUUAUCUGAUAUAAAUAUAUAAUAUUGCUCUGCAUAGAACGAUGGAGGAUCAAUUUAUAUUAUUAAUUCUGGUGGUAUUGAUUCUUUUAUCAUAUCAUCAAACUUUAAUAAUAAUUAAGCACUUGGAAGUGGAGGAGCAUUGCUAUUAGAUAACUCUGAACUGCAGAUAAAUUAUACUAGCUUUAAAUAUAACUUAGCUGGUGUAGGUGGUGUUAUUAGGUAUUUAAAUUUAAAGCCAAGCUUUUUAUUUAAUAAAUAAAAGAACAUGAAAGAUUCUUGUAAAACCUAUAGUUUUAACUACUGCAGGUAAAAUAAAGCUAUUAUAUUUGGAAAUUAAAUAGCUAGCUAUCCUAAAUAUGCAUCAAUUUUCCCAAGUAGUAAUUUCGAUGUAGAUAUAAGAUAGUACCCUAACAUAACCUUUCAUAAUUUUAGAAGUGGAUUAAAUAAUUUUGAUUUAUUUAUAUAGUUUUUAGAUGAAUUCAAAGAUAUAGUUUAAUAAAUAGAUUUCUAAAAUCAAACCAAAAUAGAUUCAAUUAGCUAAAAUUUAUUGAAUGAAAUUAGAUAAUAUAGUUGUAGAGUGUUUAUUAAUCAAAAUUUUACAAAUUUACAAUCAGAAGUAAUAAAAUUAGAUGGAGCAAUUUCUGUUGAUUACUCUUUUUAUGGAUGGAAUAAAAUUGGUUGCUUAAUGAAUAAUUUUAAAAUAACUGGAGUACCUAAAAGUAAUUCUUCUUUGGUGCUUUAACUCAAAGGAAUGAGAGUAGCCAAUAGCACUAAUCAAUUUAUAGAUAGUAAUAAUAUCUAAAUUAAGAUAGAGUUUAGACAAUGCGAAGCUGGAGAAUAUUAUAAACAAAAUUGCGAAGGAUGUUAGUUAUAUGAGUGUUCUUAAUGCUAAAAUGGGACUUAUUCACUAAUAAAACCUGAAAAAAGUUAAUAGAUUUAAUGUAGAGAAUGUGAUAAGUCUCAAGUCGAAUCAUGCUACUUGAAUCAAAUUAAUUUAAGAGAAAAUUAUUGGAGAAUAAGUAAUUCAUCUGAUUAAAUUUAUUAAUGCAGUAAUACUUUUACUUAAUGUAAUGGAGAUUAGUCAAAAGGUUAUUGCGCUGUUGGCUAUACUGGGGCUUUAUGUUCUGCUUGUGAUAAUUAUGGAAUAUUAUGGGGAGAUAAAUAUGGAUAAGUAUUUUCCUUAGAGUUUUCAAAACCUCAAUGUGAAAAAUGCUCUGAAAUAAAUAAUUAUUAAUCAGCUUUAUAUCUUAUCUACUCUCAAAUAUAUCAACAUAUCUGA